AUGCCUCCCAAGAAGCCCGCCCGUGCUCCCCAGGAGAACAUCUCCCUGGGCCCCUCUGCCCGCGAUGGCGAGCUCGUCUUUGGCGUUGCCCGUAUUUUCGCGUCGUUCAACGACACCUUCGUUCACGUCACCGAUCUCACUGGACGCGAGACCAUCACCCGUGUCACUGGUGGCAUGAAGGUCAAGGCCGACCGUGACGAGUCCUCCCCUUACGCUGCCAUGUUGGCUGCCCAGGACGUCGCCGCCCGCUGCAAGGAGCUCGGCAUCAACGCUCUGCAUAUCAAGAUUCGCGCCACCGGAGGUAACAGCACCAAGACUCCCGGCCCCGGUGCCCAGUCCGCUCUCCGUGCCCUCGCCCGUGCCGGCAUGAAGAUUGGCCGCAUCGAGGACGUCACUCCUACUCCCUCCGACUCUACCCGCAGAAAGGGUGGUCGCCGUGGUCGUCGUUUGUGA